AUCUCGGUGAGGCACAUCCACAUAAGAUAUGAAGAUACAAUCACUAACGGGGAUCAUGCGUUCGCCUGUGGCGUUAUGCUCAAGCAGCUGCUCAUCUGCUCCACGGAUGCCCACUGGCAGCCUCGGGGUGCUGACGUCAUACCAAACAUGAUGCACAAGGUAAUGUAUGACAUGUGGCCGAAUAGGCUGAUGACCGAUUAUCUGACCAUUAUUUGCUGCAACCCAGUCACAAGUAAGAAUACCCUUGAUCAUUGUAAUUGUAAAUAAAUGAAAACCCCCUUGAUUUGAUUGGUUUACAUUGUUUUACUGUGACCAGAUGCUGAAGAUGGACGAGCUGUCACUUUACUGGAACCCUUAUGUUCCAGAGCAGCACUUGCUAAAGUCUCGGCUUAACACUGAUGGAUGGAGGGUGAGUUAGUGACGGAAUUUAUUUAUGCAACAGGCCGUAGAUAUCAAAUAACUACCUCGCUGGGUCAACUAGUUCUCUUGAAAACAAAUGAUGCAAUUUUUUAACAACACCAAGAUAUUAAAGAAAAAAUCAUCUUACAUUUCAUAAUUUCAAACAACUCAAUAAAAAAAAUAUUCCGAAGUUAAAUCACAAAAAAUAUUAUACUUGCUGCAUUGGUGGAUCAUUAUCGAGAUACACGAAUAAAAAAUAAUGCAACAAUGAAUGAUGUAACGGAAUGAUUCCAAUAGCAGAUUAUUCUUGUUCAAGUACUUUAUAGGACUCAAAAUAUAUUUGAAGACAAAGCGUGUAAAGAGUUAAUUUUCCAGCAAUGUAAAUGGAACCAUUUAUGACUGACUGAUAAUAUAUUUACAUUUUUUUUAAUAUCCAAAAUUGUUUUUUUUAUGUUCAUGCUGUUUAAAGGAUUGGAAUUUGUUUUACAUUGUUUUUACAGAAUGUUUUAAGGAUUUCUAUUGAUUCCCACACAAUAUUUGAAGAAGAGCUGGAUUUCAGUGAGUACAACCUUUACCAAAUACAUUUCUUAUCAGAAAGUCAGAUUAAGAUUGUUUUCAGGUUAGCUUAAUGUUUUGUUACCCCACGGCCCGACAUAGAUUAAACCAGGGCUUUCGUUAUAUUUUCUUGUUUCUAAAAUGCUCGCCCUCGCCGUCGUGGAUGGCGCGGUGGCCGUGACGGUUAUAACCAUCGAUGGUUUCGUUUCAGUCAUGGAGCCCGUGGCGGCCCAGGCCAGGCUCAUCAUCAACACAGACACCAACUUCACUCUGCCCAAACUCUUCAUGGACUUCACGGUGGAGGAGGUGGAGGUUCUACUCUCCAGACAGCAGGUAGACCCCCCCCACCACCCCCCAUAUAGACCUUACUUAGACCUCAUGCCAAACUCAUUUUGACUUUAUGUGCAUGAUUUUUAGACAUUAUAAUAUUGGCCAACAUACAGACAUUGUGCAGGUUUUUAUGUAGAAACUUUGUAGGUCUUGUGUUGAUGUAGUAAAUAUUGUACGUACAUUGUGUAGACGUGAUGCGGAACUUAUGUAUAACUUGCCAUUCACAUUGUGUAGACACUAUAUAUCAAUACACAGCCUGGGUUAAAACAAGAAUUGGAAAGCUGUGUCAAGCCAUUUCAUUUAGCUUGUAAACAUCCAAGUAAUUCCUUGGAGAAUGAUAUUGAUAGCACAUUUGUCUGUAGCCUAUGCAAAUUUAUAGAAGACCUGAUGAUACUAAUCAUACUGUAGCAGAAUUCUCACCCUGAAUUUGUUAAAUUAAUCUCUUUAAAUUUUUAUCUCUGAUACUUUUCAGUUCUUAAAUCUCAUCAAUCUGAAAGAUUCGUUUCAACUGAUGAGAAUCAACCAGCGCUACCGCAGGUACCACCCGAACAUCAGUCUCAAGGUCAGCCCGAGGUCGUGGUGGGUCUAUGCAUACACGGCCAUCCUAGAAGAGGUCAUUCGUCCAUUCUCUUGGUCCAGAAUAAAGGAACAUAGGUAUAUGAACUAUUACAGACAUGACAAAACAAGUAUUUGAACUAUUGCAGACUUCGAGAUAACAGGUAUAUGAACUAAUACAUUCUUGAGAAAACAGUUAUAUGAACUAUCAUAGACUUGACAAAACUGGUAUAUGAGCUGUCACAGACUUGACAAAACAGGUGUAUGAACUGAUAAAAACUUGAGAAAUCAGGUAUAUGAACUGUCACAGACUUGACAAAACAGGUCUAUGAACUAAUACAAACUUGAGAAAUCAGGUAUAUGAACUGUCACAGACUUGACAAAACAGGACUAUGAACUAAUACAAACUUGAGAAAUCAGGUAUAUGAACUGUCACAGACUUGACAAAAAAGGUCUAUGAACUAAUACAAACUUGAGAAAUCAGGUAUAUGAACUGUCACAGACUUGACAAAACAGGUCUAUGAACUAAUACAAACUUGAGAAAUCAGGUAUAUGAACUGUCACAGACUUGACAAAACAGGUCUAUGAACUAAUACAAACUUGGGAAAUCAGGUAUAUGAACUGUCACAGACUUGACAAAACAGGUCUAUGAACUAAUACAAACUUGAGAAAUCAGGUAUAUGAACUGUCACAGACUUGAGAAGUUCACAGGUCAAUGGAUAGGCUUAUUACCCUUGCACCAUUUGAUGAACUUCAGAAUUCCUGUUAUUAAAUGAAAAUGUCAAGCUCUUGCUGUGUGUCCCAACCAAUGUAAUGCAAGUCAAAUCCUCAUCAAAGUUGGCUAGGAACAAAGUCGUGCAGGAGGCCUUGCAUUCUGUUGAUAUUUUGGUAAUGAAUGCAAGACCAUAUGUUUGACCACUUAUUUGAACUGAGAAACUGAAAAAACCAUGCAAUUGACAAAUGCCGUUGAGAUUAAUUUAGUGGUUAACAAUGCACUAUUGUUUACAGUUUCCAUUUCUGAACCAUCAUAAUGUUGAUAACAAGCAGGCUUACUAUAAAAUAGUUUAUUUUGUUCAAUAUGUUAUAUGGAUUGACAUGAAAAUUUGCGUUCUACAUUCAGAGCUGAUUUUUUUUGAUUUUUUAUAAAUGUGACAUAAUAUUCAUUCUGGGGCAGGUCUAAAUUCAAGAAAUACAAGAAUUUAUACAAGAAAUAUUUGGAGGAACCUGAGAACAAAUCAACCAAGGAAAAACUGAGACCGAUGGAGGACAAGCUGGACGUGUCAAACAUUAUCAUUGCCAGGAACCAAGCCAAGCUGGAGGUAAUUAAGGACAUGUCAGAUCAGAGUUGCAAAUACUUUGUGAGAGUUGUUCAAAAAAUGUUCAAAUGCUUUCCCAGAACAGUUGCAAGUUUUUUUUUUAAUAUUAUUUUACUGGGGGAAUAUUCAAAUGUCAACGUGCCAUCGGCUGUUUCCAUUUUGACGAUGUCCAUCUCUACUUCAUCCACUGCUAGUUUGCCAUUGAAGCCCCUGACCGUGCCAAGAAGACGGUGAAGAAGAGAGAAGGCUGGUUCAGUAGCUGGCUGUGGGGGUCAGGGGAGGAAGAUGUCGUCAUAGAAAUGGACCCAGCCACCAGAAGUAAGUUUGAUUUUUGUGUAUGGGCAGAUUUCAUUAGACAGUUUUAUGGGAUUUAACGCAAAUUAAUCAAGUUUUUUUUUUUAAAUUUUUUUUUAAAAAGUUUUUAAUGCCAGUACCAUUGCAUUAUGAUUUACCCCAAAUUUUUAUUUAUAUUCAAAGAAAUGAAGUUGUUACAGUUCACUUUGCACUGUUGUAGACAUUCUCUUGAAUAUUAUUGUCAUUGCUUGAUGGUUGCACAGGGCACCUCAUCUCAUCUUUCAAAAAUAUAAAUUGACUUUGAAACCGUUUUCACAGAGGACUGGCUUUCCAAUCUUACAACAGAGGAGAGGAACAAACUGUUUGGAGGGAUCGGCUAUGAUGAAAACUCCAAUACAUUAACAUACCCUAAAAAGGUGAGUUAAACAAAAAAAACACCAGAAUACUUUAACAUUUUAACACUCUUAUCAAGAUUGAAAAAAAGAUGUAUGAAGUAUUCUGGUGUUUAAGAGUUAAAGUUAAGUCUCUGUAUAGUUACAAGAAUAUUAAUUAUUGUUUUGAAUAAAAAAAAGUCCAGGAAAAUAGCAGCACAGCACCUGGUGUUUGGUUAUGAGAAAUAGCUCAUCUGGCAAUUAACAUGAUAAAAAGCUCAUAAGGUAAUUAACAUGAAAAAUAGCUCGUAAGGCAUGAUAUCAAGCAGUCAACAUGAUGUAUAACUCAUAAGGCAAUCAACAACUCUAGAAUAUGCAUUCUUUUUUUUAAUCAAACGUAACACAAUAAUGUAGAUUGCAGAAUGGUACAGGCUAAAUUUUUCAACAUGCCAGGACUUAUUUUACAAAGAGGUAGACACAAAAAAAAAAGACUUUUAUUUUGGUCAUUUUCUCAUGUUCCAUUCAGUAUGUUGCUGCGAAGGUUCAGGUGAUACUGAAAAGGUGCUGUGUCUCCAUGGUCAACUACAGCAAGAAAAUCCUGCAGGUGUCUGUCACGCACCUGCUUUCAACUUUUGAGUACAGGCCAGGCAAUGAGGCCUUCAG